AUGUCCCCCAUUGACGUAUGUGCUUCUGAAGUGUCUAGCGCUGCUGGCACUAUGCGGGAACUCACGAGCUGUAAGGCAGCACCAGAUCUGAGGUCCUCCUCGAAAGAGCAACUAUAUUGCACCAACACAGAAUUGGCACCAGUUCCUCCCUUGGAUCAGCCUCUACCUAGAAGGACUUCUCCAAUGACAUCCAGAAACUCAUGGUAUCGUCAUUCGGUCAUCUUCGAUGGACCCUCCUCUCAGUUUCAAUGGGAACAUCCCAUAGUAAGGAAGGCAACGAGAUCUAGAUCUAUGAUCUCAAUGUACGAUUCCACAGAGCAAGAACUGAGCAUCAGUCCCCCAAUCGACCUGGAGUUCACUCUGGCUGACGAAAAUGUAAAUUGUCAACCCACCAACGUUGCUCGUCCUGAACGACUCUCGUCGGUAGGGCAUAACGUGACAUCCUCAAAUUCAAAUCCAAGGAAUUCACCUACUAAGUUCCUCUACAUGCCUGCUCUACGAGACACAACUCCAAAACUAUACACCUUAAAUGGAAUAAUCUUUUUCGAAACGUCCACAAAUCACAAACCUGACUUUAUGGAAACCCUCUCCCUUCAAAACUCAAACAAUGCAUCUCCAACUUCUCCUCUCAAUAUGCCGUCUCCUCAGAACAAUAACAUAGCCGCCUCCCUGGUUGACCCAGAACUGAUCUCCGUGUCUGCGAAAACAGUCUUCUCAUCACAGACUACUCUCAAUACAAACUGCAGAACUUCCCUUUACUUUGUCUGA